AUGUGGUAGUUGCGGCCCCACCUCCAACCCACAAACUCCUCACAAGCUACGUUAUUGAAAUUUCGAGAGUUCCGAACUUCCCCUCAGCGGAAAUUUCAAACCCUUUCGAUCGAGCGACAACGACCAUCCAAGGAACGACAAUUCAAGAUGGUCAACCUAACAACCCAGAAGCGCCUGGCCGCGGCGGUGCUCGGCUGCGGCGAGCGCAAGAUCUGGCUCGACCCCAACGAGGUCAGCGAGAUCAGCAACGCCAACUCCCGCCAGACGAUCCGCAAGCUCGUCACCGAUGGCCUCAUCAUCCGAAAGCCCGUCACCAUGCACUCGCGCUCGCGCGCCCGCGAGCUCAACCUUGCUCGACGGAUCGGCCGACACAGGGGCUUCGGUAAGCGGAAGGGUACCGCUGACGCCCGUAUGCCUGCCCAGGUUUUGUGGAUGCGCCGUCAACGAGUCCUCCGCCGUCUGUUGGUCAAGUACCGUGCCAGCGGAAAGAUCGACAAGCACCUCUACCACGAACUGUACCACCUCGCCAAGGGUAACACCUUCAAGCACAAGAGAGCGCUGGUUGAGCACAUCCACCGUGCCAAGGCAGAGAAGGCCCGCGAGAGGCAGAUCAAGGAGGAGAUGGAUGCCAAGCGUGCCAGGACCAAGGCCGCCCGGGAGCGCAAGCUGGAGAGACAGACGGCGAAGCGAACUGCCAUGCUGGGCGAGGACGAGGAGGAGGAGAAAUAGAGUCGAUCCCGAUCUCGGUGGCGAGACGUGAAUGGAAGACGGACUGGCGGCUUGCAUUCGGAGUAAUCGGUUGGGCUCUUUUCCUCCUAACAUCCCACAUAUCGCAAAUGGAACCCCUUCCAACUGGUAUUUGUUGCUUGCUUGAUGCUUGGUCAGACGGUAGGGUUCUUGCAUGUACGGCAUCGAAAAUGGAAUCAAUCAAUGACUGGACGAGCCCAUGUUUCUCUCUGUGGUUGCCUAUGGUGCAGUGUGACAACCUGAUCUUCAUAUGCAUGCCUACUCUGGCACACUGGGCAAAGCAGGAUCUAUCUAUCUUUUUACUCAAUUACUACGGUUUGAAUCGAAUACAGGAGUAGUUUUCAAGA